ACGUCAGACCUACGCUACGCUCCACAGCGUCAUGACGUCAAGUCAGCUGAUCUUUGCAGGAGAGCAAAGAAAGAUGUCGCCGUCAAACUGUCCAAGGAUGGAAGCGGGGUUUUCCGUGGCGUUUCUCCUCUGCUGCUUGAUUUCAACCGGUGUCAAUGGGGACAGCUUCACUGUGCUCCAGGCUCCAGAGUUCGUGUCCUUUCAGAAAGGAGACUGGCUUGUGUCAGGAGAGAAGAUCCCUGACCUGGUGGCUUUGACUAUGGGCUUCUCUGUUCAGGAGGAUUUGUCCUGGCCAGGCCUUCAGGCUGGCCCAUUAUUCCAACGACCUCGGGCUAAUGUACUGGUGGUGGUGAGAGGAGUCGAUAACCUAGAGCUGCCCCAGAGUGUGGCCUCUUACCCAUUGGAAAAUCCUGUACCUUUCACUCUGGACAGUGUUGCAGAGACAGUCCACUCUCUGUUUGCCGAGGACACGCCUGUAGUGCUCCAGUUGGCCCCUAGCGAGGAGCGGCUGUACAUGCUGGGAAAGGCUAAUGCAGUGUUUGAGGACCUGCCAGUCACUUUGCAGCAGAUUCGUGCUCGUCUGUCCCAGGACGGCUCUGUACUGACGUCGCUGCCCCUCAACUCUCUCAGCAGAAAUGCAGAGGCUGAUUUACUCUUCUUGUCUGAGGUCCAAGUUCUCCAUGACAUCACUGCUCUUCUACAGAGGCACAAGCAUUUGGCCAAGGACCACUCACCUGACCUGUACUCACUGGAGCUGUCCGGUCUGGAGGAAUUAAGCCGACUCUAUGGAAAAGACUCUGCUCAGUACCGAGAUGCCACAGCCAUUCUUGCCUCUGUUCUGCAGAAGUUCGGGGAGGAUGUAUAUGCACUUUAUGGCAACAGUGCUGUAGUGGAGGUUGUGACCGUGAAGACUUUUGAGGCUCCGUUAACCAGGAAGUCCCGUUCAAUCCUGCAGUCCAGACAGAUCGGCAACACACGUAGUCCAUACAACCUGGCCUAUAAGUACAACUUCCACUACGCUGUGGUCUUCAACAUUGUCCUGUGGCUAAUGAUCGUUUUGGCUCUAGCUGUCAUUGCAAUCGCCUACAACCUGUGGAACAUGGAUCCUGGCUAUGACAGCAUCAUCUACAGGAUGACGAAUCAGAAGAUCAGGAUGGACUAAGUCUUGAUCACCAACACUCAAGAUCAGAUUAGAUCCCUGUAGUGACUGUUGUUUUUUUCCCUGUGUGAGGUUUACUUAAGUGAAACAACAGUAACAAGUUGAUGGUAGAGAUUCAGAAUCACUUAUUUGUUUACAUCACUGACGCAACACAGGAAAAAUUGACAGCGUCUUAUUGUUAUAUUUAAUAAGUGAUGCGAUAUUGCCCUUCACUGAUCGGUACACUGAACCACGUCACAUUUCCUCAUUCAUUUGCGUCAGAUCACAUCAUUCCUUGUGGUUUUAAGUGAUCACCAACAGUGUCUAAUUCCUUCCCUGCCCUGGUGAUUGCAAUUGUAUUUUUAUUGUGUAAAAAUAACUGUGUUGUAAUGUCAUGAAAGAGAUUUGUUUUGUUUCUGUGUGAAGCUGUGCUUAUCACAAUGUGUGAAACUGUUAAGUUAAAUCUGUGUGUAUAUAUUGAAAAUACAAAUGCAUCUCUAUGACAAACUGCUGUAUUCUUAUUGUGAGAAGUGUGUAGUGUUGUAUUUCAGGUUCAUCCAUGUUUAUGGCUUGUACUUUGACAGUUAAAUAUUAAUUUGAGUAUGUGAUUGAGAUGACGGAUAUCAGAAUUGGCCUCAGAUGAAUAACGCAUUGUAAAUCUCUAUAUUAUGCUUGAAAAAUUUAAAACACCAUUAAAGUAAAUAUUACCCAAAAAGUG